UCACUCUUUAAAUCGCAGCCAUCCACAUCUUUGGGUUACAUAAACCCCCACAUUCUCUCUUACUCUCUCUGAUGGAAAAACCAGUGUUUGAAGCAUGGAGAUCCGACCCGGCCUUCCAACCGCCUGAGACGCCGUUAGAGCCUAUGGAGUUUCUCUCUCGCUCCUGGAGCGUCUCAGCUCUGGAAGCCUCUAAGGCUCUCGCUCAGUUGACGAUCUUAGGAGACAACACCGUCAAACUCGAAGAGAAAUCUAUCGCAGGCGGAGAGACAGAGGAGAACAGUCUCAUCUCCGGGAACCCUUUCUCCUUCGCUUCCUUUGUAACUUCUCAGAGGGUCAUGGACCGUAUCUUGUCUCAGUCUCUAGAAGUGUCGCCACGAACAUCUGGUCAGCUUUCUCACAGCAGCGGUCCCCUCAACAGUUGUUUAACCGACAGUCCUCCAAUUUCAACGCCGGUAAUGGACGACAUUCAGAACUUCCACUGUCAGUUCCGUUCAACGGCCAACACUCCGGGCCCUAUCACGGCGAGAACCACACAGUCUAAGACGGUGGGUCGCUUGAUAAAAGACCGGAAAGAGAAAAAGAAGGAAGAGACACGAGCACAAAAUGCGCAAAUUCACGCCACUGUAUCUGUAGCCGGCGUGGCAGCAGCAGUGGCUGCAAUCGCUGCUGCGACGGCGGCUUCUUCUAGCACUGGGAAAGAUGAGCAGAUGGCUAAAACGGACAUGGCCGUGGCUUCUGCUGCAACCCUUGUGGCUGCUCAGUGCGUGGAGGCUGCGGAGGUUAUGGGAGCUGAAAGAGACUACGUAGCCUCCGUAAUUAGCUCCGCCGUCAAUGUCCGAUCCGCCGGAGAUAUCAUGACAUUAACAGCCGGUGCAUCCACAGCGUUAAGAGGAGUGGCUACAUUGAAGGCAAGGGCGACUAAGGAGGUGUGGAACAUUGCAUCAGUUAUUCCAAUGGAUAAAGGAAUCAAUCCUGGAGGUUUCAGCAAUGUUGAUAGUAACGUUAACGGUAGCAAUGGCAGCUCAAACAGUAGCCAUAGUGGCGAGUUUUUAGCGGAAGAUAAUUUCUUGGGACAUUGCAGCAGAGAAUGGCUUGCAAGAGGUUGCCAACUCCUCAAACGCACCCGCAAAGGUGAUCUUCAUUGGAAAAUAGUUUCUGUUUACAUAAACAGGCUAAAUCAGGUUAUGUUGAAGAUGAAGAGCAGGCAUGUUGGAAGAACCUUCUCAAAUAAGAAAAAAUAUGUUGUGAUGGAUGUGAACAAAAAUGUACCGGCUUGGCCAGGCCGCCAUUUGCUGGAAGGUGGAGAGGGUUUGAGAUACUUUGGAUUAAAGACAGUUUUGCGAGGGAUUGUAGAAUUUGAGUGCAAAAGCCAGAGAGAGUAUGAAAUGUGGACACAAGGUGUCACACGGCUUCUUGCUGUUGCUGCCGAGAGGAAUAACAGAUAUAGGAUAUGAGGAGUAGCUUACGAGUUAAGAGCUAUUGUAUAUAUAAAGGGUGCUUUGCUUAAACAAAAUUUUAUGUUUUUAAUUUUUUUUCUUUUAGUGUUUCUGUAAAAUGUUUAAAGUUGAAAUUAUAUAUGCAAGAAAUAAGGUGGUAAUCUAA